UGUCUUCAAUACCACUUGACUUAAUUCCCUAUAAAUCAUUUCAUUUCAUAAAUGAUUUGAUUUCAUUCAUUUCUUUGCGCAGCCAGCUUUUUCCUUCUCUAUCUCUGACUUUGAUUUUGCUGUGAGUGUCCUUUUAAUGGUAGAGUUUUAGGAAAUCUGGUUUCAUAUCCUUUGGUUUUGUUACUUUAUAUCUGUUGUUUGAGUGGAGUUCGUUUGUUUCUUUCUAUCUGAAUCCAGCAAAAUCGUUAGUGUUUUCUGUUCAAUGAUUUCCGCUGAUCUGAUUUUAAUUUCCCCAGAUCUGUGAAAGAUGACCAACCAUGACAGUGAUUUCAACUAUGGCGAACUUUUUGCUGAUUACUCUCCGAGCAACACCAACCUGGGAUCUACGGUAGACCCUCAGACGGAGACAUCUAAAGUAGAAACUAGCGCGGACGGACUGCUGUUGUCCAGCCUGGAACCUACAGGAAACCUUCGACAGCCUGGGAGGGCGACGCCUGUAGUACCGUAUGGCGUGGACGGACUGCCGUUGUCCAGCCUCGAAUCUACAGGAAACCUUCUACAGUUUGGUAGGGCGACACCUCAAGUACAAGAUGGCGGCAGCGGACUGUUGUUUUCGGUCGAUUGUAAUCAGGCUAACUUGGGCAUGAAAAGAGAACAUGAAUUAGUCUCUUGUAACUUUUCAGCAGCUAAAGGACGAGUCACAAAGAAGCAGCGCCGGGGAACCCUUUCUAUCGGUGAAUCACCAACUCUUCAAGAACAACCAGAGCCGAAACCGAGAAGGAAAGAACUUAUUGAGGAAAAACCUAUACAGGGAGGUGCGAAAAUUUUAGUGGAUCGACUUGACAGAAAAAUAAGUAAAACUUCUUUGAAUAUGUAUAAGAUGAUUGCGGAGAGAGCCUGUGAUCUCUUACCAAAAAUUUUCGGCUCCCUUGAGCAAAUCGAAGCAAAAUGGCCACUGCUAUCUGAUCUCAAGAAAGUUAAGCAAAAUAUCAAGGAAAUCCAGCGGAAUCACAAGGGACAGCGUUUACCAGAAGCUGAGGCAAAGCAGAAAUUGCUCCAAGUAGGAAAUGAGCUCCUACAAUCUAAUCAACAACUAAAGGAGUUGAACAAAGGAAAGAACCCUGUGGCAAUGUUCCUUAAUAACGAGGACUUCGACCUGGAGACUCUUCAAAAAGAGUUUUAUUCUGAAUAUCCAUGGAUGGAAGAAGUUGCUGAUGAUCAUGGAAGUUUGCCAACUCAUGAAGAAUUACAGUCUAAAUAUAAUGAGUUGGCAAACGAAAUUUAUGCCAAAGACAAUAGCAAAGGGGAUGUUCAAGACGAAUUAAAGUCUAAAAUUAAUGAGUUGGAAAAGGAAAUUUAUGCCGAAGACAACAACAAAGUGGAUUUUCAAGACUUCCCUGCCUUACGACACGUUACUGGUCUGGCACCUCCAGAUUACCUUAAAUCUAUUGCAAUUCGAAUCGAACAGGCUCGUGGAAAAGCCACUGAAUGUAUCAAAAUUGGUAGUCAACUUCUGGUCUGCGCUGCAAUUAAAGAGAUGGAAGAUUUGCUAGUCAAGGAUUUGGACAAGUAUAGUUUGAAAAAAUGGGGAGCCGCACUCAAGAGCGCUAAGGAACAAGAUUUUCAAGUGGAGUUUGCUGAUGAGCUGUUGCAUGAUCGGCUUGUUUUAUUUGCUGUUCAACAAUGGUUGGGUGCAACUAAAAAAAGGGGUUCCAAAAUCAUUAGUGGCUGAGCUCUCAUAGUUGUGAAUCAAAGGGUGUUUUUGCAGUUGCAGCAAAAUAUUUGGAAAAUCACCCUGCUUCAAUUUGUUUUUCAUGGACUUUAGGUUUCUAUAUUUACUUACCUUGUUUGUCUGGACCUUAUUCAUGUGGUGUUGUGUUAUAAUCAUAUUUGAGAUGAGCUUUGAAAGAUUAA